AACUGAAAAGCGCAUUCCAGUUUUGUACUCCGUCGUGUGCACAGCACAAAAUUUUUACAUCUUUUUUGGAGCUCGUUGUGUGUUGGGUUGAGAUUCAGAAUAUAAAUUCUGGUUUUUUAAUCUGGCGCUGGUGCAACACUGCGGGACACAAAGUUGGAAACAUAAACAGAUUUUUGGCCAAUUUUCACCUAUUUCCGUAAGCUUGCAACAUGUGCUGGAAUCCGGGUGGCUGCUGCGGCAUACCAUCUGGAAUUCAAUGCACCAACUUUUGUUUUAACUACUGGACAGGUUGCGCUUCAGUUCCCGUUACUCGUAUGAGCUGCGUGCCGCCCUGUCCGCCAUAUCGUGGUUGCUGUGGUGGUCCCCGGUACGGAUCCUGCUAGCAACAGGCUUAGAAGGAAAUGAGGUCUGAAAUGCCAUGAAGGACAUCAAAAUGACAGAAAAACAAAAAAAUAAUCAAAAUCAACUCGUCUGUUACCUUAGUACACAAUAUCAUUGAUGUUUAUAACUUUAUUUUGAGAAUAUAAAACAAUAUAAAGAUAA